AUGGUCAAGAUUGAGUCAAAGACACAUGAUGUCGGCUUUCCAGUUUAUGGGGCCAAAUUUUUUGAUGAUAAAACAUUAGUUGUUACUGGUGGAGGAGGUGAAGGUAAUAAUGGUAUCCCAAACAAGAUCACGGUUCUAAAUGUUGAUUACGCCGACUCUGUUCAAUUAGAAUCUAAAAAGUCUUUUGAAAUUGAAGGUAAAAAUGAUUCACCAACAUGUUUGGACAUAAGUGGCAAUACAGUCUUGAUUGGUUGUAAUGAAAACUCAACAAACAUUAAAAAUGGACAAAACAAGCAUUUACGAAAAUUUAAACUCACAGACGAAAAAGAGAUCACAUUUGAUUCUUCUGCUGAUAUUGAAGAAACCAAGGAUCCAAAUGAUUACCAAAAGUUUGUCACAAUUUCUAAAGACGGUUCAAUUGCUGCUGUCGUUUCAUCUAAAGUUCCAAGUACAAUCAAGGUUAUUGACCCAAAAACGUUAAAAGUGUUAGACGUCAUUGAUGAAAAAGAUGAAAUAAAUGAUGUUCAUAUCAGUCCAAACAGUAAACAAAUUGCAUACAUUACAGACUCAAGCCUAGUUGUUGUGGAGAAUAGUGAAAAACCAAUACUUAAAUAUGAUAGAUUUGCUCCAACUUAUUGCCUGACCAAAGUCAAAUUCACAAAAGAUGGUGAUUUGAUAGUGGCUGUUAACUUGAGAAAUAAACUAGGUGUGUUGUUAGCGCAUGUGAUUUUUGAAGAUGAUGCUUUAAGAGUUAAGAAAGCUAGAGUGGUGAAUAGCAAAACUCAAAAAAUCACAGCAUUGGAUGUCAGUGACAAUCUUGUUGCUGUUUCUGGUAACGAUAGUUCCAUUAUCAUUGCAGGCUUAGAACAUUUUGAUGUUUAUAAAACAUUAAAACAAGUACACACUUUUGCAAUUACCAAAGUCGUAUUCAGUCCAAAUGGCAAAUACUUGGCCAGCACUAGUGUUGCAAAUACUGUUAAUGUGAUCAAGAUUCCUGAAGAUAUAGCUAAAUCUUACUUCUGGUUGAAAUUCCAUAUCUUUGUUGUCUUAUUUGCCCUUUUUGCUUAUUAUUUGGUAAACGCAAUCCCACAGGAGAAAUUUGAUGAAUUUGACAAAUUAAUCCAUUAUUUAUUCGAUGAGAAUCCAUAUGAUUAUUAUAAGAAUCUGUCAUCACAGAGACAUUUACCGAAACAAAAGUUGUUGAGGAAACAGUGA